AUGUCUCCCGAGCAGAAGGCCCUCUCCACCUGCGGACUCCCCGGCACCAUGGCCGGUGGCUGCCCCCACAAGGCGGCCUCCGGCGCCGGGGCGCUCUCCGUCGCCGCCUGCGCUUCGGAGAAGCCUGACACCACUACCGAGGCCGGUGCGGCCGCCUGCUGCGACCAGGCGGUCGCGCUGGCGGCCCAGACGGCCGCCCAGGCCGGCGCCGCACCCGCCGACGACGGGACCCUCUCCCGGGCCGCGGCGGCGGUCUGCCGCGCUCAGGGUGCCACCAUCCCCUCGGUGCUGGAGGCCCUGUCCAGCCCUGAGGCCAAUCCCGAUGCCCUGCCCUUCUUCGUGUGCGACCUGAAUGUGGUCCGCGAGCGGCUGGCCCUCUGGCGCCGGGAGCUCCCGGACGUUGUCCCCCACUAUGCCAUCAAGUGCUGCCCGGACCCGCGCCUCAUGCAGACCCUGGCCGAUCUCGGGGCCUCCUUCGACUGCGCCAGCAUCAGUGAGAUCCGCUCGGUGCUGGCCCUCGGCGUGGCCCCGGAGCGCAUCAUCUAUGCCAACCCCACCAAGCCGGCGUCGCACAUUCGCCAGUCGGCGGCCGUCGGCGUGGACCUCAUGACCUUCGACAAUGCGGAGGAGCUGCGCAAGAUGCACGACGCUCUUCCGAUCUCCCUGGCCGAUCUCGGGGCCUCCUUCGACUGCGCCAGCAUCAGUGAGAUCCGCUCGGUGCUGGCCCUCGGCGUGGCCCCGGAGCGCAUCAUCUAUGCCAACCCCACCAAGCCGGCGUCGCACAUUCGCCAGUCGGCGGCCGUCGGCGUGGACCUCAUGACCUUCGACAAUGCGGAGGAGCUGCGCAAGAUGCGCCAGGAGCACCCCGGGGUCCGGGCCGUUCUGCGCAUCCUGGCCGACGACAGCAAGUCCGUUUGCGCCUUCGGGCGCAAGUUCGGCGCCCAUCCCCACACCACUCGCGCUCUCCUGGCCCGUGCUCAGGCCCUGGGCGUCCGCGUGGUCGGUGUCUCCUUCCAUGUGGGCUCGGGCUGCUUCGAUCCCGAGAGCUUCGCCGAUGCGGUCCGCCGUGUUGGUCGGGUUUUCGCCGAGGCCGCGGCCCUGGGCAUGCCCCAGCUGGAGCUGGUUGACAUUGGUGGCGGCUUCCCCGGCGUCGACAAUGUCGAUGGCGCUCCCUUCCAUGAGGUGGCCGCUGCCCUGCGCCCGGAGCUGGCCCGGUUCCCGCCCGGGCUGGAGCUGGUUGACAUUGGUGGCGGCUUCCCCGGCGUCGACAAUGUCGAUGGCGCUCCCUUCCAUGAGGUGGCCGCUGCCCUGCGCCCGGAGCUGGCCCGGUUCCCGCCCGGGGUCCGGUUCAUCGGCGAGCCGGGGCGCUUUUUCGCCGCGCCGGCCUUCAGCCUGGCGGUCAAUGUCACCAGCCGCCGGCGCAUCCCGGCCGUCCCGGGCUCCGAUGAGGGUGCCGACGAUGCGGCGGCCACCACCGCUGCCCUGACCACCGGCCUGGCGGCCGCCGACAGCGGGGCUGCCUACGACUUCGAGGCCAUUGCCGAGGCGGCGCGCGAGGCACGCCGUGCCGCCGGCAUCGCCACCCCCUCCCCGGGUGGUGCCUCCCCCACGGGCUCCACCGAGUUCGUGGUCGGCCCGCCGGUGCUCUCCUUCCCGGCCGAUGACAACACCGACGUGCAGCCCGGUGACCAGUUCAUGUACUACGUCAAUGACGGCGUGUAUGGGUCCUUCAACUGCAUCCAGUUCGACCAUGCGCGGGUCAUCCCGGCGGUCCUGCGCCGCUCGGGCGAGCCCUGCCUCGGGACCUUCGACCAGGCGGCCCUGUCCCAUGCGCUGGAUGCCAUCAGCAGCGCCGCCGACAACAGCCAGGCCGACACCCGGUCGGUCACCCCCGAGGGCGAGGUCGAUGGCGACCUGCUGCACACUUGCAGUGUUUGGGGCCCCACCUGCGACUCGAUUGACCUCAUCGUGCCGGAGACCCGCCUGCCGCGCCUGUCCAUCGGUGACUGGCUGGCCUUCCGCAACAUGGGUGCCUACACCCUGACCGCCGCGUCGGAGUUCAACGGCUUCGCCAAGGCCUCGGUCUUCUACAUUCCCCUGCGCGAGGAGUAA